AACGCGCGAGAAAUACGAUGAAGCAAGCACAAGUUGAACUGUCUGCAGCCAAACAACUCAACGCAAACAAACUCAGUGAAAAUGAAACUCUUCGCCGUCGCCGCCUUUAUUGCCACUUUGGCCUUCGCCAGCGCUGAUGUCUCUCACCUGGGCUAUGGCUACAACCAACCCGCUGCUAGCGUUCCAGUGAACUCCUACAUUCCACCUGCAGCUAGCGCUCCAGCUCCGGUCUACAGUGCCCCAGCUCCAGUUUACCAACCAGCUGCUGCUGCCCCAGAACCAGUCUAUGCUGCCCCAGCCCCAGUUUACCAGCCAGCUCCAGUCUAUCAAUCCGCCCCAUCUGUUCCAGUCUCAUCAUACAUCCCACCGGCAGCAACCGCUCCAGAACCAGUCUACUCUGUCCCUGUUUCAGCUCCAGUUUAUGCACCAGAACCAGCUGCCUCUGAAGUCUAUGAGCAACCCGCUGAAGAUGGUUAUAGAUACCGCACUGUGCGUCGUCGUGUUUUCAAGCACCGUCGUUUCUAAACUAUGAACUGAUUUCUGAAAUAUAUUUGUUGUUAACUGGUAAAA